CGGAAGAGUGUAGGUGCGCAGGCGCGGAGGUGGUACGGGGGCAGGGAGGAGGGGCCGCGCAGGCGCUGUGAGAGGCGGUAGCGGCGGCGGUGGCGGUGGUGGCAGCGGUAGCCGUGUGGGGGUUCCGGGAAGAUGGUGCUGAUCAAGGAAUUCCGUGUGGUUUUGCCAUGUUCUGUUCAGGAGUAUCAGGUUGGGCAGCUUUACUCUGUUGCAGAAGCCAGUAAGAAUGAGACUGGUGGUGGGGAAGGAAUAGAAGUCUUGAAGAAUGAACCUUACGAGAAGGAUGGAGAAAAGGGACAGUAUACACACAAAAUUUAUCACCUAAAGAGCAAAGUUCCUGCAUUUGUGAGGAUGAUUGCUCCUGAGGGCUCCUUGGUGUUUCAUGAGAAAGCCUGGAAUGCAUACCCCUACUGUAGAACAAUUGUAACGAAUGAAUAUAUGAAAGAUGAUUUCUUCAUUAAAAUCGAAACAUGGCACAAGCCAGACUUGGGAACAUUAGAAAAUGUACACGGUUUAGAUCCAAACACAUGGAAAACUGUUGAAAUUGUCCAUAUAGAUAUUGCAGAUAGAAGUGAAGUUGAACCCGCAGACUACAAAGCUGAUGAAGACCCAGCGUUAUUCCAGUCUGUCAAGACCAAGAGAGGCCCUUUGGGACCCGACUGGAAGAAGGAGCUGGCAAACAGCCCUGACUGUCCUCAGAUGUGUGCCUAUAAGUUGGUGACCAUCAAAUUCAAGUGGUGGGGACUGCAAAGCAAAGUGGAAAACUUCAUUCAGAAGCAAGAAAAACGGAUAUUUACAAACUUUCAUCGCCAGCUUUUUUGUUGGAUUGACAAGUGGAUUGAUCUCACAAUGGAAGACAUUAGGAGAAUGGAAGACGAGACUCAGAAAGAGCUAGAAACAUUACGUAAUCAAGGUCAAGUGAGGGGAACAAGCGCAGCCAGUGAUGACUGAAGAAGAAUCUGACCAGUAUCUUGCAGUGUUGACGUUUCCCAGAUGCGUGCUUGUGAUGUCACACACACACGCACAGGUUCUCAACCACGUGUGUAUAUAUGUAUGUGUGCAUAUGUCUGUAGCUGUAUAUAAACCGCAUGUAGAGCUACAGAUCCAGAUACACACACUUGUGUAUAUAUGUACAUACAGACAUACUGAAGGGAUUAGUACAAUUUCUCCAAAGUACUGUACCUAUCUUCAGCAAGAAUGCAAAAGAAAAUAUUUUCAAUAUAUAUACCUGGAACAGAUUUUAAUAAUUAUCAGAGUAAUACCAUUAAUGGACAAAUUGACUGCAAUGUAAUACUAGCUGGUAUGUUUCAUAAAUGUCAAGUUGUGGACCAACAUAUAUAGCCUUUUGUGUUGUUUUUCUCUUCUUUUAAGUCAGUUUCUUAUAAAUUUUUAUUUUAGUCUCAUAAGCAGUAGACUCCCACAGAAAAUUUCUUCAAAAUUUUUUGGUAUUCCAAUGAAUUUGGAAUGUAAACUCUGAAUGUAUUUAUAACUAUUUAUUUCUGGACGGUCAUUAUCUUGUAGCCAAAUUUGACAAUAUCUAUAAAGUAAGGAGCAAAGUUACAGGCCAGUUUUUACUUGUUUGUCCUGAGGGAAAAAUCCUUUUUAAAAGAUUUCUGGUUUUUAUUGGAUUUUUGUAUUUUAAAUUUUAGAUAUUUUUCUACAUCAAACCUAGCAAAAAUGGAGAUGACGGUUUGUGAUUUAUAAUAAACACUAGACAAUUUUCAGGCUCCUGUUAGGCAGACACAUUGAUGAAGAAAUUAGUCUUAAUAGUAUUGUAGGCUGUGUAGAAAAGCCGGAAGUAUAGCACUUCGUGGAGUCUUGUUUUGAAGAUGACAGUUUUCUGUAACUACAGCUUGAAACUAUGCAAAUGGUCUAGAUUCCUCAGAGCUCACAUGAUAGAAUUUAGAUAGUGAUGACAUUUUGUUCUUACUGUGGAAACACACACUUCAAGCGGGAGAAGGUGACUUUGAGAUAGGAACAGUUGAGGAUGCAGUGCGAGUGUGGCCUGUGCGUGUCAGGAGGCUCCGCCAGGAGGCUGGUGGACCUCCAACUGUGGGAUGUGCUCUCAGGUAGGGCGUUAUCAGAACAGAUCCUGAACAGGCAUCAUGAGGAUGCUGGUCAGAAGCUGCUGCCACUUUUUUGUUCUUGUUUUUUGUUGUUGUUUUAAAGGAAGGAACAAUAGCUAGGUAAGAUUUUUAUCAGCUUUCUCUGUCUGAAUCCAGUUUUUCCCCUGUCAGUCCUGGAAGCUUGACUAGAAUUAUAUUGUUGAAGCCUUCAGGUCACAAACUGUCUUUUUUAACCUCCCGUCCCUCCUAAAACACGCCAACCCCUGCAGUCAAAUCACAUUAGUAAUCUGGUUUGCUGACAGUCCCGCCCUCCCUGCCUCUUGUUUUCCCACGUGUCCCUCGUCCCUCCCCCACUGCAGUGAGCUGAGUGAAUGAGACGAAGGAUAUUUAGGAUCACUACUGCAUUGCAAUUCCCCGUUAUCCUCAGCAACAAGCCACGUUUCGUACAGCCUUUGUGUACUCAGGAUAAAGACUGAUGUUUACUCUCUGGGCACUGUUGUAAGAUAGGUUUUGUCAGAGCAUAAUCACUGUCUGCAAAGAGUUUGGUGCAAGGAAGAUUAUUGCUAAUUUUGUGAAAUAAAGAGUCUAGCCCUCUCCUUUGAAUGAACUUAACUCUGGCAUCUGUAGCAUCAUUGGGAGCUUAGGCGCACAUGGGAAUGAGAGCCCGGCGCAUGGAUUUUAAUGUUUUUCUAACAACUGUGGAGAUUUGAGGGAAUGUGUGGUGAAUGUAAAAUACCUAGUUUACUUGGCAGUCUCUUGUGUAAAUUACAGUAAAACAAAGUAAAUGAAAUUUAAACAAAAUAAAUUUGAUCACAAAAUGCCA